CUUUCUGAGGCUACCUAAGGCCUCUAAUUGGCUCUACUAUGAGUGGUUUUAUUCUGAUAUGGACAAAGCAAUAUUUAACAUGAAAAAUGAAUUUCAUAUUUGCCUAAAAAGUUCAUUUCCAAAUCUAAAAGUCAUGAAAUUAAAUAGAGUUCAAUGGUGUAAAAUUCGGAAGUUGCUGGGAAAACCACGAAGAUGCUCACAGGCAUUCUUUGAUGAAGAAAAAAAUGCUUUACAGAUCAAACGAGAUAAAAUGCGAGUUAUAUGGCAACUUGAUUAUGAUAAGACAACAGAUAUAAAUUCAAUACCAAUGAUAAACAACUUUUUAGGUCAAUCUCAGCUCGUGCCUUCCUCUUCUUCACUUCUCACCGAUUUUUUCUUGGCCCGAGAUCUCCCACCUACCGUUCCUCACCCCCUCAUAAUAGGAUCAAGGGUUGUUGCUAGAGUGAGACACCCGUGCGAGGGUAUGUAUCGGGGUAGAAUUACUGCUAUCGAUCACUCCCUCUGGCUUUACCGGGUCGAAUUUGAUAGACCAUAUCUGGGAACCCAGUCAGUUCCAGAUUUCGAAAUUGCGGGUUGGAAGGAAGAUGGCCAGAUACAAGUUCUCGAUGUUAGGUCCGUCCUUGUUAAUGCAGUUAUGGCUCGUUCUUCCUCGAUUGUCGGGGGUGGCGUUUGCAUAACCAACAAUUCUUUUCACCAUAAUUCCGCUCUUGGUAGCUAUCUCAAUCCCGAUGAUAGCUAUAAUAUGGAUAAUAAUAAAGGUAACGCCUUCAAUACUUUUACCCGCUUCGUUAAUUAUAAUACCAUUAAAUCGCCUCCGGCUUCUUGGUUGGUUCUCUCCCCUAGAAAGACGGGAACCGGGGCUAGUCAUAUACAAAACAAGGCGCUCUUAUCCCCGACCUUCAAAAGAGGUCUUAAAGGUCAGACCCACGAAACAAGAAGCGAAAACGGAGAUGACUUUUUUAGCGAUAUCGAUAAAGAGACGUAUAAUAAUAAUUUUUUAUCGAACAACUUUUCCGAAUGCACAUCAACUCUAUUGAGCUUGGACGGUUGGCCUAAUAUCGUGCUCCACAAUAUAGCUCAGGAGAGGGCCGAGAUGACUGGUGCUCCUUUAAUUAGUAAUAAUACGUCUCAACUUUCUACUGCUACCAGACUGGAGACUAUAGUUAGAAUAGCUGCUUGCUACAAGAUGCUGAUGUUUAAAGCCAAAUACCUUGAUUCCCUGCGUAAAAUGAACAGGGAAGCCGAAAAGACCCAGCACAUAUCAUCCCCAACUCACUCCUAUCCAGACGAUUUCAAAUUGCGUUACGCCGAGCUGAUAGUUAAAAUAAAGUUACGGGACAAGGCCCUCAAAGAUUUAUGCGAUAGAAUAUGCCUUUAUCAACAAGGUGCCAAGGUCGAAUCCGAUUCCACGGGGGGAGAAAAAGUGCCGCGCAUGAUCGUAAAUUCGAGAAUCGGCGGUAAUCAUUUCGCGGAAGCCUUCAAAGUCAUAAGAAACAUAAUAACCGCAAAUUCUCUUAAUUACCCGUGUUUGGCGGAUGUCGCACUUAAGCAUUUCGAUAAGGUAGAUAACGAGAAAGGUAGCAGGUUUCCACCUAUAAGUGAAGCUGAUAAUAACAAUACCUGUACGAAUGGCGAAGAAGAUUCAACUAUUAAGAUACUAAAUUUAAUUGCUAGGUACACAUCUCUUUUGAUACAGCUUAAAGAUUCUCCAGGUCAACAAUACCCGCUAACCUCCUUAGGAUUCGACGAAUCAGGUAAAGAAAGCUCAUUACUAUCAUUUCCUCUAGAAACUUUAAUGAAAAGCGUUUCCGGAAUUCGAGAUAAUCAGAUCGAGACCGCGAAUAUCUCAUUUUUUCAGGAUAACGUUGAAAUACACAUCAAUCAUUUGAAAAAUAUGAUAAUUAACUCACGUUCUAAAUCUACGAUAGAAGAUUCCGAACACAUUUGACGAUUUUUUUAAAAAAAAAGAAACAAAAAUUAUUUUUUACACCCGGGUAUAUAUAAAAAGGUAUUAUUUUUUGGAAUG